GGGGUACGGGGCGAGGAAAGUUCGGGGAACUCACGCCUUUUAGUGGUGGGGGAGAUGGCGGCAGCUUAAAAGCGUCGCCAUGAGCAUUGUAGUACUGUGUGAGGGCAAGGGUGCACGCGCCGACAGAGCGAAAGUCAUGGCUGCACCCUUCUCUCCCCGAGCAGUGCAGCCAUAGUACAGGUAGGCAGCGGCAGCACCAGGCGGGCUGCUUCAGCAGGGAGGGCAGCCCACCAAUGAGGGGAGGAAGAGAGCGGCGCUCCGCGACCUGGCCAGGCGCGCACGCGUUCCUGCCGCCUCGUGAGGAGAGACUCGCCAGCCGCCGUCGCCAUGAGAAGCGGGCUCGCGACGCUGCUCGCCGUCGUCUCACUGCACACGUGGACCGCACUAUCGCUCAGGGUCCUGGAUCACAGACUCUUCGAAAGCGUCCUCGCAAGUCGUCGUCAGGGACCGCGCAUUGGCGCUACACGCACCAUAAAGCUCAAGCCGUGCCAAAACAGGGUUACCGGACAAGAAGGCACGUGCAUGUUUGCCUGGGACUGUUUCAGCGCGGGCGGUACCCACCUCACAUACUGCACAGACUCUUUUUACACGGGCAGCUGUUGCAAACUGCCGCCCGGGGUCGUCGUGCAGCAACAUGACCAACCUUCAGAACCAACCAAUAGCAUUGACUCGGCGCCGUACGAAGGGGACGACGACGACUACAAGAAAAGAACGAAGAGGCCACCGACGAGCACGCCCAAAACGACGUUGCAGAUGUCGUCAAAGACUACGCAACCCGGUAACCUACGCUGUGACGACGCCAAGCCAUACACCGUUGCCAACCACGACGGGGGCGACACCUUUUGCCGGCCUCUCGACGUUUACGCCAGGUCUUAUCACGUGGAGACCUCACGAGACGACCUUGCCAUUUGUGGCCACCAACGGAGUCUUCUACUCAGACUACGACAAAAGUCGCAGCGGAGACAACAGUGGAAACAAGCAGCAGUGCGACUGAAACGGCUGGAUACGAUACUACGUUGCAGGAUUACACAAUCCCUACGAAAGCGCCCUGUGACGUCCACACAGGCGCCCGGUACCGAGACUACAACAGCGCAGACCACUACGCAACGGCCAUCCACUACGCCAGUGCAGAGUCACACGUGGAUUGUUAACGAACGAGAAACCACAAUGGCUAUUCCGCAGUCUGUACCGACGGAGCAGACUUGGGUAGUUGUGGACGAGGCUGAUGCCAGUGGUCAGCAAACGACAACUCCGUCGCAAGGUGAAACUACCAGCCAGCCGCCUUCCACUUCAUCGAUGAUGGAUUGGUCCACGGUUACCGACACGGUUACUUCGAUUUCGUGGGUCGAUAUGACCGAGCUAUCUACGACGCAGAAGCCGCCGCCAGAUGUGGCGGACACAUCGCCGUUACCGUCGAAGCCUCCUCCUGAAAAACCAGUUCUGCCAACCGCGUCUACCCCGACAGCAACGACAAUGAACUCUACGACAAGCACUAUUACCACGCAGACUGAUUUGGUCACAGUCAGACCAGAUCCGUCGGAGGCGCCGUCGCUCGAAUUGGUAAGCGCUACGGCUACUGAGACGUCAACGAGAGAGGAAAUCAGCACGCAACCACUGACAAGCACACAGCAGACGUCAACUGCGCCGACGACGACCUCCCUGCCUAGCAGCACUUUUAGACCAGAGAUAACCGCAACUAUUACAACGCGCCGACGACCCAUACCUACUACUAUCGCGCUGUCCACACGUCACACUACGACUACCACUACAGAAGGGACGACCGCGCCGAUCACGACAACGCCUCAGACAACGUGGAAGUACACGACGGAGCCGCCGGUGCCGUCAUACAGCGUUUCGGAAGAACGAGGGACCACGACACAAAUGCCGACGACCACAAGGGCCACCACGCUGCCGCCGACUGUCCAGUCGACAGUUCCGAAGGCAACUACCACGACAACUGCGCCGACCACAACGACUACAGCGGGGCCAUCGACUCUUUCUCCUGACAAGGAUAUUCGGAAAAUAUGCGGCCGGCCGCGGACACUGGCAAGUGCCAGGAUUGUGGGAGGCGAACAGACAAAAUUUGCUCAGUGGCCUUGGAUGAUAUCACUGCGACAGUUCAAACGAAACAACUUCCUGCACAAGUGUGGUGCGGCGCUGCUCAACGAAUAUUGGGCCAUUAGCGCGGCCCACUGCGUUCACAAUGUGUCACCCACUGACAUCCUUCUCCGGCUGGGCGAGUACGACCUGAAGAGUGACCGUGAGCCGCUGUCGCACGUGGAGCGGCGCGUGCAGAUUGUGGCCACGCACCCGCGCUUUGAUGCCAGCACCUUCGAGUACGACCUGGCUUUGCUGCGCCUCUACGAGCCGGUGCCCUACCAGGACAACGUGAUACCCGUCUGCGUGCCCGACACCAACGACACGUUCGUUGGUCGCAGCGCCGUUGUCACCGGAUGGGGACGUCUGUACGAAGAUGGACCCCUUCCAAACAUCAUGCAGAAGGUCAGCGUUCCCAUCAUUACCAACAAAGAAUGCGAGAGCAUGUACCGUAAGGCCGGUUUCAUUGAGGACAUCCCCAACAUCUUCAUCUGUGCCGGCCUCGCCAAAGGAGGCAAGGACUCUUGUGAGGGCGACUCUGGCGGGCCACUGGUGCUGAAAGAUCCGAAAACGGGCCAGUGGUCACUCAUCGGUAUCAUAUCGUGGGGCAUCGGCUGCGCCCUGCCAAAUCAGCCCGGCGUGUACACGAGGAUCACGCAUUUCGCCGACUGGAUUCGGCAAAUAAUCGUCUUCUGAUGGGGAAUUCGAUUUUUUAGGCGGCUGUUCUACUUCACUGGGGGCGAACGACUCUAAAGCGACGGCGGUGCGCAUCUGAACCGGUUAGGAGACCGACUUGCCUGGUUAUUUCUUAGGCAAGAGAAACUACUUUACAGUGAAAGCGCCAAAAAAUAAGGGUGGGGGUAGUUAGUGCUCACGUGCUCAAUCUAUGGUGAUAAGCUGACCACAUUUCGCUGCAACUGCUGAGAACUGUUCUCAGUUACAGUGCUUUCUACCUGACUGCCCAAUCACACGCAAUUUCACGUUAUCCGUAGCCGUUUAUAUGGUUCAGCUGACGUCACACACAGUCGUUUAUAUGACGUUGGGCUUGCGUGUAGUAGUGCUUGCGGCGUGUGAAAUAUGGGGCUCACAAAGAGGCCGAAUUGACCCCACCGUGCAAUCAUAAACGCAAAGGUGUAUCAAAAAGGUUUUAUAUCACACAAGAAAACACGUGUGUGUACACAUAUAUGCAUACAAUUUGUGCCAAUAAUUUUUCGGGCAAGGCCGUAGUGUUAAAAGUUGCCAUUUCAUGCUAAUUUGAAUUCAUAUUCGAUGGUAUUUGUAUUCGUUUCAUUUCGCAAACCACGUCAUUUCUUUCAUUAUUUAUUUCUACUGCCAUACUGCACCGAUAAGUCUGCACUUUGUGACUUUAUAACCACUAUGAAAGUACAUUCCAUGAGCACUUAUUUGUGCGUUUUUACGUUACUAUAUUGACUGCUCUAAGCUAUUGGGAUCGCUAUUUUAAUAAUAUUGCUAGGAUGAUUGUCGCAUAGGCUGCGUCUAGUUCCGGCAGACUAGCCAGCAGGCAUUUUUUUAAUGAUGAGUUCGUUUGUUUCAUCUCGUAAAUAGAGAGUAAAUGUUGUAAUUUUAUUUACCUUACAUUGUUACUCGCUUAUAUUUUUAAUGAAUUGACGUCUUUUCCCUCACUGUCUGAGUGAAGAGAUAUCGCUGCUGCCUGUUCGACGUGCUUAAAGCAAUAUGCAAUGUGUGAUAGACAAGAGUCUUUACCAAUCAGCAAUUACGCAAGCCAAUAUUGAGCAUUGCCAUAAUGUAGGGCACAAAAUUCCGCCGCACAGCGUGCACAGUGUUUGCAUUGAAAUAUGCUGGGCACGGUGAUAGAAUCAGUUGUUUUUGUUAGUUUUAUAUAACGACGAGAGCAACAGCUUGAUAUCGCGUAUGUAAAAAAAAAAAAUCACACAUGUCUUUAAGAAGUUGUUACAUUGAAUCCGCUAUUAUGACUUAGCAAAAUUGAACGCUACGUUCCAAGCGCAAUGGACUCCGUACAAAAGACUGUUUCUCGAUGGCUUAUUCCGAUUGUGGAGGUAUUAUAACUGUGACGCGCGUACAGUCAUGGACAAAUUAAACUAGAACAAGAAAUUACAAAGUGGAAUGGGCUUCGCGAGUGGACAACUGGUGGGCACUAUACCGGAAAGGUAAUUACGUGGUUGGCAACGAUGGUUUACGCCUCGAGAUAUGCGUGUGAGGCGAAAUCGUUCAGAUAUUACGCGUGCUGGACGAAACAAGAGCAAUAGAACACGUAUUAGUUAACCAUCAGUUGUUUCUAUUUCAUUUGUCCAUGGUUGUACAUAUUACCAUUACCACUGUGCUAAUGUGAUGCCAAAAUGUAGUUGAAAAUGAUUAUUUUUGUAGACAUCUGGUGACCAUAUAUUCUCGUAAACUGGCACAUAUUGCACCGAGCAACGGUGUGCUAUUCACGUGUCUACGCAGAAACUCUGAUAGCGACGCAAUCUCCGCGUAGAAAUGGCCUUAAGUUUACCACGGCCGAAAGUUGUUUGGCUAUAAAGUAAUGUGCUGGACACAUUCUGAAAACGCUAAUUCGCACAGUGCCAGUCACCAGUGCAAUUCUGGUCACCAUUCUAUGUCCAUUUAAUUGCAGUUACAAUGCGGCGAGAUGUGUAAGCUAGGUGAUCCUGUCGAUUUCGGCUGUCAAAGUUUCAAAUACCAUUGUAUGCCUGUUGUUUUCGCCAACAAGUAUGAAACUUUAGCUUAAUAGGUCCUCGUAUUCCCAACGUUUCAAAGUUCGCCUACUCAGGCACUUAUUCAUUUCGUUAUUAGUGUGAAGGCAUCGCUGUCUAUAGUCAGGCACAACUUGAGAAAGCAAGAGAAGCCCCGCCCACAUUACCGAUGUACUGCAGCGGAUUGCAUCCGUGACUAAAGAAAUAGGCCCGCGCAUGUUCUCUGACGUCAGUCUAGAGUGCACGCCAAUUGGUGCAGGCUUGUGUGCAUCCGCCUUGCACGUGGGAACGUCACUGCCUUCUAAAUCUGUAUGCGAAUGUACGUCUCUAUCUGUGCGAAUGCGGUGAGUUCGAUUAUAUCUGUGAUAAUCGAAUGAAUCGCAUAACGCUGAUUGAUUACGACAGGAUGGGAAACGUUACCUCAAGGUGCGUAGCUACUAUGGCAUGCAGUGCCACGCUCUGUCGGUUAUGCGAAGGCGGUGUUUCACAAAAUUUCACUAAACGUUUUUGACUUAGUCUUUUUUCCGGACAACCGAUUCCAUCCAAGUCGGUAUUCCACAUUGGAUUCAUUACAAAUCUACUGAACCUAAAUGCUCAGUGGUGCUUAUCACGUAGAAGACUGUUUUACAAAGUGUAUGUAGUUAUUUAUUAAACUCAUUCAUCAUCGACUUGUG